GUGAGUGGGCUGUCAGCAGUGUCGCCGCGCCUGUGACCGGCCAUGCCCCGGGGCGAGGUCAGGGUCAGUCUGCACCGGCCAGUGGGUCGUCGGGUAGCGUCGCGCGAGGUCGGUGGGAGCUGGCGAGGAAGCGGCUCUGCGCUCUGCAGGCGUGGUGAUGCCGGAGCGCCGCAGGAAAGCCAACUCAAACCGGCAGCCGAGACGGCGGGGGCCGCCGCUGAGGGAGCCCCUGCCUGCCCCGCCUGCGCCUGCUGCGCGGGCGGUCUCCCCAGCCGCCUUCCGGCCGCCGUCACCGCCCUCGCCUCCUCCGCCAUCCCCGCUGCCCACACCGCCCCCGUCGCCGCCGGCGCGGCAGUCUCCGCCGCCUCCUCCGCCGCCGCGGGCGAACCCCGGCCGCCGUCCGCCGGUGUGCCGUCCCGUACAGUGGUGUGUGGACCAUCCGAGCUCGGCCCGGCCCGGCCUGGCCGACUGGUCACAGCUGGCGCUGGCCGGCGCAGAGAACGCCUUCAGACUGGCCCUUCCACGGGCGGCCGAGUCCCUGCUUCCUCCGCCCUACCCGCUGAGUCGUCUCAACCCGCUGGACGGCGAUGAUCCCAUCAAGUGGCUCUCCAUCGGCCAGGGCCUGCCGGCGACGCUGUCAGUUAUGGACCUGAUGACCUACGGACCGGCACUCACGGGCCCGGUGAGUGCCUCACCCCCCGAGCCCGGCCCGGCCGACCGGCCGCUGCCGUUCAACAUAUUCGACGUCGACGCCAUGGGCCCGGAGUUCCUGAGGCCCUCCGCCAGGGUGCCGACACCCAUGGACCUGUCGCUGAUGCUGAUCAACAGACUCACGUUCCACAAGAUCGCCUUCGCCACCAACGUGUUCGCGUACGGGCGCGGCGCCGCGGACCCACUGCUGGCCGGCUGGCGUGACACCAGCUGGCGGGAGAUGUUCCGCUUCUUCUUCGCCAAUCACCUCAUCGCCACCAUCAAGAGGAGGGUAGAAAACCUCCGCGAGGCGCCUCUGUUCAGGAACCCCUUGCUGGCGAAGAUGUUCACCCCGAAGCGCUUUCAUCAGCUGACUCUCGCCUGGCGGCUGAAGCGAGACGACCAGACUCCAGACGAGUUCCUCCACUUUGCAUCGAAGACCCUUUGCGCUAACUUUGAGCGCUUGCUGUCCGGAGUGACGCCGGUGCUGAUCAUCCACACCUACCAGCUGCCACUCUGGUGUAGCGACAGCAAGGAGUUCUUGGACGCAGAGUGCAGGCUCACCGUGCUGAAGGCGGGUCGGUACGUGCUUCGGGUGAUCUUCCAUCGGAGGGCCAGUGACUCUGAGCAGAGCGGCAACCGACCCUCCAUCUCCAUCCCGCUGCUGGAGAGGCUGCUGGAGGGAAUCACCAUCAGAGGCAAAUACUUCACCUGCGUCGGAGGUGCCACUCUGGAGAUGGCAAAGUUCUUCCAUCUGCGUGGAGCGUACUUUGUGGGCUCUGUGGGCCGGCAGGCGUACCGCCUUCUGAACCCACAGAAGGCCAGCAUCCCCACACCUGAGCUGCCGAGUGUCGGCCUCUAUCUGGAGCCGUACCCUGGCAUACGAGAGGUGAUCCUUCUUCGCGACGUGACGCGACUGACGUCGAGACUGACGUGGAUCGGCUUCGCGGUCUCGAAGAAAAGCGGCUUCCAGCAGGUGCACCUGCUAUGUAACAUUGGCGGUGGCGAGCACUCCACUCUCUACGUGCCUGGUCCGAAGAAAGACGAGAUCGGUGUCAGCGUGCCCCAUAGUCUGCGCGCAAUGGAGGCCGUGUCUCUCGCCAACGAAGCGGGCUUCCAGCACAUCUCCUUCGAGAACGUCAGUGGCGCCAACACUGGCAGCAUGCUGUGGCAUCAGCGCGUCACCAUGCACCUCCUAAACAUGGGCUUCAUGAACGGCUGGUACGCGCACGCCAUCGCGAGUCAGAACCCCCUGUACCGGGCCGACGCGGCGGACGACAUCUACCACCACCUGUUCGGCUUCAUGUACGACUGGGUGAUCAGCAGGCACAAUCUGCUCUGCGAGCCACCGCUCCGACCCUGCGACGGUAUGGUCGAGGAGUGGGAGCUGCUGCUUGUCAGGGGGAAGCUCAAGUUCCGCAUCGUUUACGGAAGGCCGAUGGAGGUCAGUGUGGAACGAGCACUGGACGACUUCAACGAGGACAUGCUGGACAUCGACGCCGGUCUUGAGCAAAUGAUCGUGCAUGAAGAGGACCUGAGGAUUCCUAUGCAUCUGGACUCGAGUGCCGAGUUUGGGUCAAACAACCUCGCCCCCAAUCUGGGCCUCGUCCCGAAGACAUCAAGCCGGGCGGUGACGUGGUCGACCAUCGUGCUGAAGUGGUUCCUGAUGAUGGAGCCACUGCAGAGGCCGAAGCUCGGCGAGCCGCUCAGAGACUGGCACGGUUCCGAGUGGUCGCGCGGUGGUCAGAACGGCUCUGCUGCCCCGACGCUGCAGCACGCAGUCCUCGAUGACCUGAAGAGCUACCCGCUGCUCACCCCGGAUGCUGUCGCGUUGGGGAAGAGGCCGCCGGUGCGAAGGCCGAGCGGCGUGCAGGAGAUCUUCUACUGGGGCGGUCUGAAGCUGGCGCCCGCCACUGCCAGUGACGACAGGCCGUGGCGUCACCACAGGCGAAGGAAGUCUCUGUGAGCUCCAGCAGGGCCCGUGUCAUUUGGUGUCUCUUGUAUCAGGUGGCGUAUGUUUGACUGCUGGUGUACACGGGAAAAUGGAGCUUUGCUGUCAAAUGUGGCAGACAAGUGACGCGUACAAUUUUUGGAAAAUGUUCGCAUCUGUACCACGGUACGCAAAAUGUUGUGCAUAGCUUUGUGCGGAGUAUAUCCUCAACCUUGUAUCAAUUUUUUACAAGUCCCGACAAUGUGAUAGUAUUGUAUUCAAUGAUGCACUUUUUUCGCACGUAUUGCAACGUAUGCACGUAUUUCGCUCGUUUACGAUGUGACAAUCUUUUAAAAGCACAGUAUGUCUGCAAAUACGGUACUCAUACUGUGCAUGCCCUGUGUUUUGUGUGUAACAAAGAGCUGCAUACAUUUGAAGGAGAACAUCA